CGUGUGCGUGGCUCGAGGACGCAGCAGCUAAAGCUAAGCGGCCAGAAGACAGCCGGGCCCACAGCGUUCACGGAGUCCAGCGUCGUUCAUUUUGUUCAGGCGGACCUCCGACCGGCAGGGAUUAGGAACGUACCGGAUCAUAUGUGUAUGAAGGGGGAAAGAAUAUCGCAAGAUGGUUCGGGAAACCAGACACCUUUGGGUGGGAAAUUUACCCGAACAUGUCCGAGAGGAGAAAAUUGUGGAGCAUUUUAAACGGUAUGGGCGCGUGGAGAGUGUUAAAGUCCUGCGAAAGCGGGGAUCAGAGGGUGGUGUCGCAGCCUUUGUGGAUUUUGUGGAUAUCAAAAGUGCUCAGAAGGCUCAUAAUGCAGUCAACAAGAUGGGAGACAGGGACCUUCGGACUGACUACAAUGAACCUGGGUCAGUCCCGAGCGCUGUUCGGGGCCUUGAAGACAGCUCCCCCUCGAGCAGUCGAGAUGUUACAGGAUUCUCUAGGGGAACAGUUGGUCCAGUGUUUGGCCCACCUGUGUCCCUUCACACCAGAGAGGGGCGUUAUGAACGGAGAAUAGAUGGUAGCUCAGAAAGCCGUGAACGUGCAUAUGAUCACAGCCCAUAUGGACACCACGACCGCAGUGGCACUUUCGACAGGCAGCGCCACUACAAUGCUGAUUAUUACCGUGAACGUUCUAUGUUUGCCACUGCCGGACCAGGGAGCAGUGCUAUUGGGGGGAACUUUGAGGCCUCUGACCCACAUUUUGACUCUAGAAUUCGAGAUCCCUUUACGCUUACUAAUGCCACACGACGUGACCUCUACAGAGAUGACAGAGGAAGACGAGUUGAUAGAACUUACCAUCAUCGCCGAAGUCGAUCAUCUCAUUCCUCACAAUUCAAGCACCCCUUCCCACAACGGACCACGGGACAAACCCCUAAAACUUCUCAUUCCCCUAAAAGAGCUCCUUUGUCCCCUGGGAGAGGCCCACGAUCUCAAUCCCGUAGCAGAUCUUCAAGCUCAGAUUCUGUCAGCAGCACGAGCAGCACAGGAAGUGGCAGUGAUUCAAAUAGCAGCUCAAGUGAUGGGUCUCGGGCGCGUUCUGUUCAGUCAUCGGCAACACAUGCUCCUCCUCAGUCUUCUCUGGUGCUUGAUUCUGAUGAACCACGUAGGAGCUUUGGAAUUAAAGUGCAAAAUCUACCUGUGCGAUCAACAGACACAAGCUUAAAAGAUGGACUCUUCCAUGAAUUCAAGAAACAUGGGAAAGUCACCUCAGUACAGAUCCAUGGAGCAUCAGAGGACCGUUAUGGUUUGGUAUUCUUUAGACAACAAGAAGAUCAAGAGAAAGCCCUUAACGUCUCCAAAGGAAAGCUCUUCUUUGGCAUGCUUAUUGAAGUUACUGCCUGGAAUGGUCCUGAAACGGAGAGUGAAAAUGAGUUCAGACCCUUGGAUGGGCGGAUUGAUGAGUUCCAUCCCAAAGCCACAAGGACACUGUUUAUUGGCAACCUUGAGAAGACAACCAGUUAUCAACAGCUUCUUGAUAUUUUUCAGCGCUUUGGAGAAAUUGUGGACAUUGACAUCAAGAAAGUAAAUGGAGUCCCACAGUAUGCCUUUGUGCAAUAUUCAGAUAUUGCAAGUGUUUGCAAGGCCAUUAAGAAGAUGGAUGGAGAGUACCUCGGGAGCAAUAGACUAAAGCUUGGUUUUGGAAAAAGUAUGCCCACCACAUGUGUCUGGCUUGAUGGUUUGGCAACCAACAUUACAGAGCAAUACCUCACACGUCAUUUCUGCCGCUAUGGACAUGUAGUCAAGGUGGUGUUUGAUAGACUGAAAGGGAUGGCACUCAUCUUGUACAAUAACACAGACUUCGCUCAGGCAGCUGUACGGGAGACCAAAGGUUGGAAAAUUGGUGGCAACAAAAUAAAGGUGGAUUUUGCAAGUCAAGAGAGCCAAAUGGCUUUCUACAGAUCUAUGCAGGCAUCAGGUCAAGACAUUAGAGACUUCUAUGAAAUUCCUCCUGAACGAAGAGAGGAUCGCAGACCUCCUUACCAUGAAUUUCCAUCAGAGAGGGCUUACUAUGAGAAUAUACGUACCCCUGCCCUCUAUCCUGAAGAUGCUCGUAGAGACUAUGCUGCUCGCAGCAGAGACCGCUUCCCUGAACUGGAGCAUUACCAGGGGGAUCACUUUGACCCACGUUACCAUGAAGACCCAAGAGACUACAGGGACUACCGAGACCCCUUUGAGCAAGACAUUCGAAAAUACACCUAUAUUCAAAGGGAGCGAGAAAGAGAGCGUGCGUUUGAGGCUGACCGUAGCAGAUGGAGUCCAUCUCAUCCACGGCGACCUAUAACUCCUACAGUAUCCCCCUCACCAUCUGAGCGUGCUCCCAGAGACUCAGAACGGCGGGUUUAUAGCCAGUCCUCUGAACGCAGUGGUAGUGUGAGCUCACUGUCUCCUCCACACUUUGACAAAUCUGAAAAGACCUUGCUAGAACAUGCUUCAAAAAGUGACAAGACAGAGAAGAGCACCCAACCAGACCGUGCAUCAGGCAGUGAGAAAACAAAACGUGCAAAGCGAAAAGAAAAAGGAGACAAAGACAAAACUGAAAAAGUUAAAUCAAGGAAAAUCAAGGGGCAGUCCCCAUCAAACCAAAUACCUGAACCAGAACUUGAGACAAGUUUUGAUGGGGCUGGAAGAGGAAAGGGGUCAGAUCAAGAUACUCAUGAGAGGCAGAAGUAUAAAGGAGAAGGGGACUCUCUAAGUGGAAAUCAGUUAGCAACUCCUCAUCAUGAUACUGUGAAAAGUGAAAGGCCUGACAUGACUAAAGGCGACAACUUAGACUUGGAUGGAAAAAAUCGACUUAAGAAACAUCCAAAGUCCGAUAUAGCAAAUGAUGGGAAAGAUUCUUCUGUGGAGUCAGAUCGCAGAGCUGCAAGAAAAAGGCGCUUUGCUGAAUCUGGAGGAAGAGCUAUUCGUCAGAAGAGGAAUAGACUUGAGGAGGAGGAAGGUAGUCAGUCCUCUGACUUUGGUGCGAGUGGUCCAUAUGUCAGAGAGACAGAUACUGACAAGCACAAAGAUUCACAACGGAGAGAUUCAAGGCUUAAGUCUGAUAAAAGUGCUGCUCAAAAGGAUGGUCAGGAAGAGUUUAGAGGACAGAGGGAGAAAACUGAGGGGUCUUCUGACCCACUUGAGCCCAAACGACAUUCAGGACACACUUCAGCUAGGAGAUUUUCACUUGAGGGAAAUGCAGAUCAAGGGAGUUCACGAGAAGAACACGGAGUUUUCAAGUUUGGUGGUCAAGCAGCUGAUAUUGACAAAAGUGCUAAAAACAAGGAAGACCAUGUUGAUAUUGACCUUUCUCAGAGUUAUCGCAAGCAAAUGGAGCAAAAUAGAAGGCUGCAUCAGCAACAACAGCAGCGCGAAUCUGACAAAACUGAAAAACCAGGAAGCCCCCAAUUAAGUGAAUCUGAAGACUUGGAACAUCGCAGUCUUGUGCAUGAAGUAGGUAAACCACCUGAGGAUGUCACAGAUAAUUUCCCAUCUCACAAAUUUAAAAAAUUAGACCAAUUUGAUACUGACACAGGGAUGAAGAGGGAACGUUUCUACAGGUUCAGACAAAAGAGUGAAGAUCCUGACUGGAAUAGUGCAUCAUCUCCAGGACAUCAGCACCUUUCUCACCAGGCUGAUGAUGACUUUGUUGGUUCUUCUCGGAAGGAGCUGGGUCGAAAUGAUGACAAAAUUCACCAAGAUCUGGAGCUUUUAGUGAAAAGGACACAUAAUGCACAAGUAAACAAGCCAAACACUCCUGUACUUAGUGUUGAAGAAGAACAACAAAAAAGAUGGGAGAACAGGGUUAAACAAGACUUCUUACCUGACCAGAACUUCUCAAGAAGUCUGAGCAAAAAUAUUCAUAAUAGGAAACGUCUGGAAUAUGGCAUUUGGCAUGACUUGGAGCCUGGGGAAGUACGAUCAGACUCGGAGGAAGACAGAGAGGUCAAACCCCACUCUCCUGUACCCUCCACAUCUGUUCCUUUUUCUGCAAGGCCAAGAAGUGAUAGAUUUUCAGACCCUAAACUUGCUCAUCUUGAAAGGAACAAAUUUUAUUCCAAUGCAUUAGAUCAUAUCACUCCUGAUACAAAGGCUCUUCUUGAGCGUGCAAAAUCUCUCUCCAGGGAGGACAACUGGUCAUUUUUAGAUUAUGAUACUCACUUUGCUAGUCUCAGGAACAGAAAAGAUACUGUAAAAGUGGAAUCAACACCAAGACCUACACCCUCCUGGUACCUCAAAAAGAAAAAGAUUCGAAGUGGUUCUGAAGACAAACUUGAUGACAGGAAGGAGGAGCCUAAGCCAGAGGAACCAGAACGGAGGGAGCUUUUUGCCUCUCGUUUCUUUCACAGCCCAGUUUUUGAGUUAGACUCGAAACGACUUCAGCACCUUGAACGUAAACAUGAAGAACCUGAGCAAACUCAAAACGAACUUCCUGGUCAACAAGAAACUUUAGAUGGAGAGCUUGACUCAGGGCCUGUUGUACUUUUCCAUAGUCGAUUUUUGGAGCUCACAAGACUGCAACAGCAGAAGAAUAAAACCCAGCAGCUGACAGAGGCAAAAACUGAACCAGUCCACACUGAUGAGAAUAAAGUGGAAAAAGUAGCUAAUGAAGAACAAGGCUUGCAGUCACCUGAAACAGCAGAAUUCAUUACGGAGCCAGAGAUGAAACCAGUCAGCCCUGUAGAAGAGCAGAUCACUGAGCCUCGGCUCACUCUUAUCUCCGAAACACAGCCUUUGGUCAAAGACCUUUCUCCAGUGCCAGUGGAAGAGAAGUGUGUUGCAGUGAACUCAACCCCUGAACCCUGUCCUCCUUGUCCUCCUGCAUCCAUCAUAAAGGAAGAUAUAAAACAGGAGGUAAAAGUAACUGAGCAUGUUGAGCUCACACAGCACAUAGCAACUGAGAUAACAGCUGACUCUGAACCAAUGCCUUUGGCAGCACAAGAUACAGAGUAUAGUUGUAAACCUUCUCUAUCUGAAGGGAAAUCAGAUAUUGAUUCUGAUGAUGUGAGAGCUUCAGCAACAGAACAGCCAUGUCAGCGUGAUUCUCAUGAUGAGUUUGUUAGCAGUUCAGAACCAGAGCCAGAAACAGAUGCAACACAACCAAUGCCUGAAGCCACCAGUCCCAUCACCCCUAGUGUUGUAGAGGAUGCUGAAAUAUGCAAGAAAGAAAUACAGUGUUCCAAUAAAGCAGUAGUGGAGGAAGCUGAGGAAGAAAAGAAACCCCAGGAUAGCAAAGUGCAGGUGCUCUCUGAUGUAAAUGAAGAACCAGUGUCACCACAGAAAACGCAUAAAGCAAAAGAAAUUAAAAAUAAAAAGGGCAAACAAUCACCUGCUCAAGUUGCUCCAAUUCCUCCUGUUUCUAGCUCUGAGAAACCAGCAACACGCAAGAGUGAGCGUAUUGACAGGGAGAAGCUGAAACGUGGUUCAUCCCCAAGAGCUGAAUCAAGGUCCACAGGCAAAUCGCCUAUUCAUAGCUCAGAACCUGAUGUGUCAGAUCAGAGCAUAUCAGUUGGCAGAGCAAGACGAAGAAAUGUAAAAUCUGUUUAUGCCACCCCAGUUGCUGAUGAUGCGCCAGUCCGUUCUGCAAAGGAAAUACCAGAGUCACCCCGCUCUGCUCGAAAGCGUGGGACAGACAAAGAUGCAACACAGCAAAACAUAGAACAGGAGUCUCCUGCCCCGACCCCUACACCUAAACGGGGCCGUCGUCCUAAGAAUUUUAAACAGGGUGAGGAGAGUUCAGCAGUCAAAGCAGAAAAAUCAAAAGUGGACACAAAAGAUACAGACUCAAAUGAAUCAGAAAGUGGUGAACGGAUUCCAAGAGUGUCAAAAGGAAAGCAUUCCCCUCAGGCCACAAAAGGUUCCUUACAUCAAAUAUCCAUAGCCUCAGGGACUGGAUUAACAAAAAAGGGAGAUAAAACUGAAGUAGUUGAGGAUGAUGAUCAGGAAAUGGAUUUCACAGAUGAAGACACUUUGAUGUUGCACGAUUCAACAAGUUCCUGUAAAGAAGAUCCAACAAUUAAAGUUGAGCACAAAAAAGAGGAGAAAGACAAACAAGAAAAAGAAAUGGGCAAAGAAAAAGACUUAAGUGAUCCAGCUGGUGACAAUAAAUCAAAUGAAAAAGAAACAGAUUCCACAGCUUUGGACGAAAAACCCACUUUAGAAAAAGAUAGGGUUAUUAGAGGGAAAACUAAGGUAACAAGGGUACCCAAGUCUCCUGUACUCAAGAAUCUCAAAAUCAGACUCAAUGUCACAGAGGUGAAAGAUCAUCUUCAGUUAGGGGAAGAUGAACUUGGCAAUCAAGAAGAUUCUUCUAAAAAGGUCAGACCUGGUGACCACAGUGAUCAGGUUUCAAAGUGCACCAAUACUAAUAAAAUAGGCUCAAACAGUGAAGAAUUGGAAAACGCAGCUUCAGAAAGAAAGGAACUUGUGGAUGCAUCCAAAAGCUUAAUUUCACAAGAGCGUGAAUUAGAACAGGCCGUGGAGAAUAUUGCCAAACUCACAGACCCAGCCUUUCCAGCAGAACCACCAACAUCACCUGUCCCAAACACAGAGGUAAAAAGUGACCCAGAGGAAGAGAAACCUUCCAAUCCAGCAAGUGAAACUGAACUCAUGGCUGCUAUUUGCUCAAUUACUGCUGAGGAGAUAUCAUUAUCUCAAGCACCACCUCUUAGUGCAGAUGCACCUGCGGAGCCUGAGAUAUCAGGCUAUGUUCAGCCUCCUAAGGAUGAUGAGCCAGACACAAAUGCUUCCAACAUACAGGAUGAGCCUUUCUACCAAACCACACCCAAAAAGGGCAACAAGCUAAAAUAUAAACGUGUCAAAGGCCAAAAGCAAAUGAGAAAAGAUGUAAAGGAAGAAAAUUUAACAACUGAGGAAUUAUCCUCUGCAGCAGAAAGCACAGCUUCUGGUGUAAAGGAAAUUCCAGAAACAGCACCAUCAGCAGCAACUGCUGCAGUUAUUACCCCCACAACCUGGAAGUCAGAACCAGAGCCCACAGUUGUGAAGUCUGCAGAUGUUAAAGCAGAGUUGGAAAACCCCUCUGAAGAACAAAUUCAACAUCUUAAAGCUGUUUAUCCCCAGUCAAAGAGUCCAUUGUGUCCAAAACUUCAACAGGUACCACAUGAGUCUGUUUCACCUUCCCUGUCUCCACUAGCUAACCGGCCAAAUGUUAGACCCAUUCAAACUAGCAGAAUUCCAGUGUCUCCACCAGACUGGCUCCAGCCAAAAGAUUCAGGAGUCUCUUUGUCACCUGUCAUGCCAGUUCCAUCUAAAGAGAACCAGCCAUUACCCUUGGAGUCUGAAAAUGUGGAUGCUGAUCAUAGUACAAGUGACUUAAGACAGAUUCUGAUGAAACCCAAAAAUAUUUCAUUGCCAGGCAGUAGUUCUGCUCCUACUAAUCUUCCCACCCUUCGAGACCAGAGCCCCGCUGAGAGUAAUACUCCACCAGCUGUUGUGCCAAAUAAGUCCCCAUUACCUGAGAGUAGAAUGCCAGCUCAUUCAGCCCCACCUAUUGUUCGAACACCAACCUCUCUGCCAUCUCCAGAAACCAAGUCUGUGAUCUCUGUCAUUGCCACUGCAACCUCUGUUAUCAGUCGUGUUUGCAACCCACCUGAGCCUGAGGACAAAGUAAACAUGAAUAUUGGCAAUCCCUGUGUGGACAUGCCUUUACCCAAACCGGCCUAUAGGCAAAGCAAGGAUGACACUGGAUCAUACCAUGGGCCAUCUGUUGGUGAUGAGGUGGGAAGUGCUGCACGUUUUAUUGUUGAGAGCCCUGCUCUUGGUACAGGAUCAUGUUCAGGUCUGAGGGUUGUUACAUCUGAAGGGGUAGUAGUAUUGAGCCACUCAGGCCAGAAAACGGAGGGACCACAGCGGAUUAGUGCAAAAAUAAGUCAGAUCCCACAAGCAACAGCUGGUGAUAUGGAAUAUCAGCAGCUGGUAUCAAUGCCUCAAACAAAACAAGAAAUGUAUGGGCAUUCUCAGUCAGGAAUUCAGAAGGGGCCUCCACAGACAGAUCAUGGGCAUCCUGGUAAGACACAACUGGCUUUGUCUAUUAAACAAGAAAGCAGUUUGGAAAAGAUAGAAGCUCCUUACCAAUCUGGAGUUCAAGGAGUAGUGAAGCGACUCACACCGGGAGUUGGUAACCAGCAAGGAUCAAGUUACCACCAAGACUAUUUGCCAAUAAAACAUCAAAAGAAAAUUGAAAGUGCUGAUCCCCAUAGUGCAGAUGGCACCAAACCAUCUUGGACGUCUGCGAUAAGUCCUGCCAUAAGCCCCCAUUUGCCGUCACCUCCUGGCAACCAUGUUGGAUUUGUUACAGCAGCUGACAGAGCUCCUUCACAUCUCACUGUGGUGAAGCAGGAGCCACGGUCCCCACGCAAAUCAGGUCAUCCACACUCUCCCUUUACCAAAGUGUCUUCACCUAUAGGCUCUUCAUCACCUAAAGGCAUAACAGUGAUGCUGUCCCCUGGUAUUCCUGCUAUGCAACAGUUCAUCACUGGUGUCCAUCAUCCCGAACAGUCUGUUAUUAUGCCACCUCACAGUGUGCCUGGUGGCUUAGGACGCAUGUCUCCCCACCGUGUUACCCAGUCGAUUCCAGUUGGACAUCUUGUCCAAGGAGAUGUUCGAGUCAAUACUCCACCUCUUUCUGUAAUGAGUUAUGGGAUGCAUAGUGAGCCUCUUGCCUCUCCCUGGUCUGGUGCGAUGCAGCCACGGCCCACUUCACCUCAGGCUGUUGGUAGAGACAAGGUUCUCAAAGUAAAUCCUGGCUCUAUGAGAGGCCAUGAGGGGGAACAGGAAGAAGCUAGACGCUUCCACCAAGCUGCAGGACGACAAUCUACAACACAGCUAAAACCAGAAUCUAUGCCACCAGAUCCUCGUGGGCCAUUACGCAGCAGUGUCCAGUUAGAAACUUACAUGGCGCAAAGAGACAUGCGUGUACUGCUGCACCAACAGGGAGAAAGAGCAGCUGCAGACCCCCAUACUGGACUCAUUCAAGAGACUCUUCCUCCAUCUUCAACACCUUCUAGUAUUCCGUCAUCCUUGUCACCAAGACAGGCACACCUUUUACCUAAAGGUGUGUCUGAGAAGGAUAUAACGAAGCAACUGGAGGCAAAGAGACCCCACUCCCCUCUAUCCAAGGACAGCAUGAUCGGGAUUCGGCAGUCUGGACCAGCAAUGGGAUCUCCACAGAGAGUUCAGCUAAUGGCACCAGGGCCAAGUGGCUCCUUCCCAGAGUACUCAGGAAUGUACUCGAACCCAAGGGGCAUCCAUUCUCAAAUUCCAGAGACGACUCCUGUUGGACUUAACCAGCCACCAUUGAAUGUCACACCAACCACAGGGCCUGACCUCCAAGGAAAAGUAGAUGGCAAGAUGGCACAGCCUGUCAAUAUGGUGCAGUUGCUCACGAAACACCCCAUUGUGUGGCAAGGCCUGCUGGCGCUGAAGAACGACACAGCUGCAGUCCAGUUGCAUUUCGUCUGUGGCAACAAAGCUUUGGCUCAUCGAUCACUGCCGUUACAAGAAGGAGGCGCGUUGCUUAGAAUUGUCCAGAGAAUGAGAUUAGAGGCUUCACAACUGGAGAGUGUUGCCAGAAGAAUGACGGGUGACAGUGAGUUCUGUCUUCUCCUUGCUCUGCCAUGUGGGAGAGAUCAAGAUGAUGUCCUUAACCAGACCCAGGCUCUGAAGGCUGCUUUCAUCAACUACUUGCAGGCAAAGUUGGCUGCUGGUAUCAUUAAUAUCCCCAACCCAGGUUCCAAUCAGCCUGCUUACGUGCUACAGAUUUUCCCUCCAUGUGAGUUUUCUGAAAGUCACCUAUCCCAGUUAGCCCCAGACCUUCUCAACAGGAUCUCCAGCAUCUCACCACACCUCAUGAUUGUCAUCACCUCUGUGUAACCGUCACGUCUGAGAACUGGCCCGGAAAUGGGCAUUCUCACUGAUGAGCCUCAGGAAACCAGAGGAAUACAAGUUUUGUUUUUCUUCCUGGAUACAAUGGGAAUGUGUAGGAUGAAUUCUAUCAACACUUUGCUUUUUCUCCAUCAGUCUUUUUUUUUUCUUUCGUCACUCCUGUCUGGUAUUUUUGUCCUUCUCACAAGAACUCAGGGAUGGACCAAACCAGAAUCAGUCUUAUUUGACCAUUUCUCUGCUGUAUUUCUAUUUAUUGGAGUUUAUUUUUAAUGUUCGGACAAACUGAAAAAAAUAAUCAGGAUGUUUGGUGAAGAAUGAGUGACUAUAUGGGUGGCCUUUUUCUUUCAUCUCUUUUUUUAUGAUUGUCACAUUCAUUUUCUUCACAACAGAGGAUCACAUAAGCUGUUGGAUUGCAAAGGCGGCAAAGACAUUUCAACAUGUUAUUUUAAAUACUUAUGUACAGACUUCCUCAGCCAGACUUUAUUUUGUGGAGGGAGAAUUACCUGAACUAUGGAGACCCUGUAGAGGACCACGUUCUUUUAACAGUUCCUUUAAUUCCACCAGCUCUGCUCAUGUUCUCACACUACUGAAGCAGUCACACAUCCGGCACCUGCCUUUGCAUCAAACAAACCUCCACAUCAUGUGGGAGUUUUUGGAUACAGGACACUGUAAAUAUUUUAAAUAUUUAAACUUUGACUAUGGAACUUGACAGACUCAAACUCUGGGACAAAACCAGAAGAGUGUGGAAAUUUAGAUGGAUAUCUUUGACUUUUGGGUGUAAAUACUUGUAACUCAAGAAGGUUGGCAAACUCUCCUGUGGAGUGUGCUGAUGGCACUUCAUAUUUUGUAACUCAAAUAAAACAAACUCUAGAAACUUGUA